CACAACCGUAAUACCCGCUGCUAGGGUAUCAAAACAGCUGUAAAACACGAUCGGCAGUAAAUAAAAGUAGCAAAUAUUGCAAUGUAUGCCUUCAAAGACGAACAAACGUAUAUUCUGAUUAGAUUGAGUGGAAAAUAAAGCUCCAGAAGACUGUAAAUACAGCAGAACACACCCGAUAAUCGCGCGAGUGGCCAGUGACCAGCAAAGUUUGUGUGUUGCCAUGAGUGAGGAGACUCUUGAUAAGUCCGUGCUGUGCGUGGGCUGCACCGUCAUCGAUUUUGUGACAAUCACUGGCAGCUACCCCAAGGAGGACACUGAUCGACGCUGCCUGGACGGGUUCUGGCAGCGUGGCGGCAAUGCCUCGAAUGUGUGCACUGUCUUGGGUGUGCUGGGGUCAAAGGUGGACUUCUUCGGCAUGCUGAGCACAUCGGAUGCGUUUCGAGUGCUGCUAGAGGAUCUGCAACGGCGGAAUAUCGGCACGAGCCACUGCCCGCACACGGACAAAGAUCCACCGUUCUCAUCGGUGAUACUUGCCCAAGAUACCGGCACGCGCACCAUCAUCCACUGCAACAAGAACUAUCCGCAAGUCACUUGGGAAGACUUCAAGAAGAUCGAUCUCUUGCGCUACGGCUGGGUCCACUUUGAGGCUCGAAAUGUCGCAGAGACCUCCAGGAUGAUGGCGAGCAUUGUGGAGCACAAUCGAGUCAGCGGCGAACGCAUCAUCAUAUCCCUAGACUUUGAGACUUUGUACGAACAAAACCUGCAGCUGUGCUAUCCCUGCGACUUUGUGGUGUUCUCCAAGGAACUGGCCAGCCAGCGGGGCUGGAAGAGCCCAAGGGAAACCUGCGAAUCUCUUGCCGCAGACCUGUCUCUGCAGGGCACACGAACACCGCCAGUGAUCAUCUGUCCCUGGGGCAGUGCAGGCGCUGUCUGCCUGGACGCCAGUGGCAACUACUACGAGCUGCCGCCGUACAAGCCCCAACAGGUGGUGGACACACUGGGCGCAGGCGAUAGCUUCAUGGCUGGCUUCAUAUACGCCGCCCACAAGCACAAGCGGGAUCUAGCUGAGGCUGUGGACUUUGCCAAUCGUGUGGCCAGCCACAAAAUCACCGAAUUCGGCUACGAUCACAUAGGAGAGCUGAGCUUGACCUAGAAACUAAUGG